CGCAAAGUAAACACAAGGUGUAUACGAAUUUCGCUCGCUGCUCUCUGUUGGUCAACACACAGAGUCAGUGAACGUCUCGAUCUCCAAACUGCUUGGUCACGCGCGCCCCGCAAGAUCUCGACAAUUGAUCCCGCGCUGUAUACUUCGUUCGGCUGUGCAGAGAGACAUUCUAAUUUUUAAUACCACGAGAAAAUGUGCGAAGAAAAUUUUCGAAUGACCUGGUCGCUCGAGGCCUUUGAGAAAUUGCGCGAACACGUGCCGAGCCUGCCCUGGGACAGCGAGCUCGAGACGCUGCUCGUGGCUCGACUGUACAUCGAGUUCGUGCAUCUGGUGCUGCGCUACUUGGAUUGCGAGAAAGUGGAAGAAUUGGCCACGUUCUCGGCCGCGUUGGUAAAGACGAUCACGGAGAUACGCAAGUGUCCCGAUGAAAUCAGUGAAAAAAUCGUGUCGGGAUUCGACACCUGGAGGAUGGAGCAGUCGGCCUACAUCGAGGUGGAUGAUGACGAUUCUUGUUGAAGCCCUUGACAUUCGGACUCGCAAGUCCGUCUAAAUACCAUUCAAGUAAAUAGAUGGGCGCAUUCUUUUUACAAUCAAUUAUUUGGUUAAAGAAAACAUUUUUUUUUUUUCAAAUGAUACAAAUAAUAAAUAAUAAAUUCAUUUCAACGUCAAAGGA